AUGCCCGUGACAAAAAAGCGCGACGGGGCCAACGGUCUGGCGCUGGGAGCCCGUGGCUACCGCUGCCACGUGUUUGACGACCCCGAGACGGCGUGGGCGCUCCAUCAAGAGACGCAUCUGAUCGCGUGGCAGGGGCAGAAAGACAGCGACCUGCUCGUCGACCGCUUUGAUGCUCGGAACCUGCUGGACGACCGGCGGCAGUUCCGCCAACUGAAAAAGAGGAAGCGACGAGCGUCUCAAGACGGACAUUUGGACGCUAACGGAGGACAAAACAUGGGUACAGCAAACGAGACGAUCGAGACGAAGCACCAGCAGGAGAUUCAUCGUCUUCGCUUUGGCGAGUACGCCGUGGAAUUCCCGCGGUCGGAAGACGUGGUCGUAAACCGGUUCCCGUACCUGUAUCCGGACGAUGAGAAAAGUGACCAAACGAGCGAUGACGAAGCGUUCGAACCGCCAUGGGCGGUACCGGAUCACCUGGUUGUGCCCAAGACCAAGAAGCGACAUGCUAUUCUCGCAGCUACAGCUAACAAGGUUCGCGAGCAUCCACAGCUAGAGGCUAUGCUGAAGGUCAAGCUUGGUGCGAACGCCAAGUUUCGUUUCUUGGAUGUUUCGCAUGAUUUGUACGGCUACUAUUGCUUCGUGCGCGACGAGAACCCUCAGCCUAUGUCAGCGAAGAAAACGGGUGUUGGAGUGUCGCUUCUGGGAGAGGAGUACGACGACGAUCAGAGUGGUGAAGAGAAGACAAGCACACACGAUGAGUCGUGUACAGACGCAGCUAGCUGA